GAAGUGUUUUGCUUGUUGUUUAAUUAUCAUAGCCUAUGAAAUGAGGCUUUUAUCUUCGUUACUGAGAAAACUGCUUCUAUUUGAGACAUAAAUAGUUUCCUAGGAAGAUCAACUGAAAUUAGCAAAGGCGUUAUGGUAGUAUAUAAUUUCGAAGGAUGGGAACCGUGAAAUUGAUGCCAAAGCAAGUUGGCAAAAAAUCUCAUUACAUCUAACUAUAAAGUUACUUCCAAAAAUACAAUUACAAUUUAAUUUUGAAGUUGAGUCUUAUUUAAUUAUUAACCUUAACUGAAGAUAUACUGGGUUUCAAAACAUUCAUUAUUUUUGUUAUGUAAUGUGUAGCAUUACAUAAAUAAGUUUUAUUUAGCCUCAGCUGAUUUUGUGGCAAGUACAGACAUCCUAAUAUUUCCUACCUGCUUCACCACAGUUCUGCAAGAUUUAGCUUGAAGUUGGCAAAGCUUUUUGCUUGCUUAAGUAUAUUUUGGAGUUCUUUAGCCACAUCCAGCUACAGCCUUAAUACUUACGAGCAUUAGCCCAUUUCUAACAAAUCUCAGAAAAGAUCACGUGGUAAGGAGAGUAACUGACACUAAACAGUCCGUUUUCCUGAAUCUCUCCCCUUCUACACAGACUAUUUUCUUACCAGUCUCCAGGAGCUUGAAAUAACACAUAAGGCAGACAGUCUGACACUGCUCCACUGUGAUGGAAGUAGGCUAAUAGUUUGGUGCCAGCCAGAACAUUGCUUUUCGAUGCCUGCAUGCUCUGCCAGCUGCGUGCUGCUCUGUUUUACAGGGAGCUUCUGGAGGAGAGUGGAUUGACUGUGGACACCUUGCAGAAGAUGGGUCAGAUCACAUUUGAAUUUGUGGGCAACUCUGAACUCAUGGAAGUUCACAUUUUCCGGGCAGAUGAUUUUCAUGGAGAACCAACAGAAAGCGAUGAAAUGCGUCCACAGUGGUUUCAGCUGGAUGAGGUGCCAUUCAAUCACAUGUGGGCAGACGAUGUCUAUUGGUUUCCCCUGCUGCUUCAGAAGAAGUUGUUUCGUGGCUAUUUUAAGUUCCAGGGACAAGACACUAUCCUGGAGCAUACCCUGAAAGAAGUGGAGGAAGUUUAAGAAGAAAAGGGAAGCAUUCGGGCCACGUGCUGCUGCCCACAUUGGACUAGGAACAGCAUGACUACUACUUAUACUGGUCUCCUUUCUCAGCUGGCUAACAAAGGAGACUUAUCUGCCAGCCAAGGGGAAGUAAAGAAAAUGAGGGGCUUUCUUAGAGCGCAAAGAAAAGUAUCACAUCUUUCCAUGCUGUGAAGUCCCAGGCUGUGGUAUGCUUCAGUGGUUGUGGGAUGACAGCUUCUAAAAACUUGCUGUUAACCUUUUCCUUCUCAAGCAGAUAAUUUGUUAGGGUUUUCCCUCUUUGCUAGAAAUGUCUUUAGAAAAAUUAAAAAUAUUUUGUAAGUAAAAGCAUCUGCUGUCCUGUUAUAAAUGGUUGUCUAGCUUCUAGAUUGUUUAAAGGCCUUUCAGUAGUUCACUUCCUUUCACAAGGACGUGAAACAGCUUGAGCAACGCAGUCCACUGCUUUAUCCAAGAGCAGAAUCUAUUAAGUAUGUUGUCUAUCUACACUAUUUUCUGUGCAGUUCCCUGUUCAACAUUACUUUUGGGACAAGGUGAAGCUUGAUCAGUGCUAUGAAAGCCCUUUGAAAAGUUUAAGUAGGGGUCCUUUCAGGAUCUUCCUGCUGCAAGCAGCAUAGGAUUACAGGAGUCAAAAACAAAAGUGUGAGGUAGGUGCAUGGCAUUGUUCAAGCUCUACCUUCACUCUUCCUUCUCUUAGAGCUCCUGCUGUGAACUUCAGCUGUUUUGAGCAUUUUGUACUGACAAGCAAAAAUAUGCUGCACAAGAGCUUGACUUUCAGCAGAUUUCUGUUAAGAAGUGGAGUCACCUACAGCUACAGGCUUUGCCACAUGCCAGCAGCAGGUGACAUAUUCAGCACUCAGGUCAGCCCGACUCAGCAUGCAAGGCAGCAAAGGCUUAAUCAAAUUGCACUAGAAAUAACACAGCACAUAUGUAACUUCUUAUACAAGUUUUUUUUUUUUUUAAACGCUUUUACAAACACAUUUAACACUUACAGAUAGAAUCUUGGAAUGUAAUAUAGGAUUUGUAAACAUUUCCAGGCUACCAGCUGUUGUAAUAGUUCUUUAAUUCCUGCAUUUGGAUAAAGUGCUUCAUAUAUAAGGCUAUUUGAGCAAAGCAAAGAUAUAGGAUAUUCCAGGCAGGCAAAUUUCAAACCCUCCAAACAAGAUUGUUCCUUCUUGUCUCCCUCCAGCGGUUCUGAAUAAUUUAUACCACUCAAAAACGCUCUUCUUCAUAUGCUCAGUACGCCACAACUAGAAGUUAGAGGAUAAGAUUUAACAUCUUAUACUCUUACCUUUCCUUUUGUGUUGCACACUGACUUAUUUACAGGGUUUUUGAUACUCGCCUCUGCUUCUGACAUAGCUACCCAGUAAGGGUUUGCGGUUGUUCUAAUUGAGAGAAUGGCUUGAGGCAAGUAGAGGAGAGAAAA